AAAUCAAAACUCAAAAGAGAAAGAAAGAAAAAAUAAAAAACCCUUAAAAGCAAUCAGGGAAAAAAAUUAAAUAAAAUUAAAUCAAAUCAAAUGAAAUCAAAUCUCUUAAACAUAGACUGAAAGAGGGAGAGAGCUUGGUUUUCUUUGUUCUUAUUUCUGCGAGUGUACAGUUGAAUUUUGAAAUCGAAGAGAGAAGAAAAAUGCAAAGCAUGGAGCUACAGAACACUGUGAAAGAAGCCCUAAACGCACUGUACCAUCACCCCGACGAUGCGGUGCGUAUGCAAGCUGAUCGAUGGUUGCAAGAUUUUCAACGCACCAUCGAUGCUUGGCAGGUUGCUGAUAAUUUGCUUCAUGAUGCCACUAGCAAUCUAGAGACUUUAAUAUUUUGCUCACAGACUCUCAGAAGCAAGGUACAACGUGAUUUUGAAGAAUUACCAUCUGAAGCUUUUCGCCAAUUAAGGGAUUCUUUAAAUAACUUGUUGAAAAAGUUUCAUAAAGGGCCUCCUAUUGUCCGGACUCAGAUUAGCAUUGCAGUUGCUGCUUUGGCUGUACAUGUUCCUGCUGAAGACUGGGGAGAUGGUGGUAUCGUCAAUUCACUUCGGGAUGAGAUGAACUCUCAUCCAGAGUAUAUACCAGGAUUUUUGGAGCUACUUACUGUCUUGCCUGAGGAAGCAUUCAACUACAAGAUAGCAGCUCGUCCAGAACGACGCCGUCAUUUUGAAAAAGAGCUCACUUCACAAAUGGAAAUUGCUCUGAAUAUACUAACAGCUUGUUUAAAUAUAAGUGAAUUGAAAGAGCAGGUUCUUGAGGCUUUUGCUUCUUGGCUUCGGCUAAAGCAUGGGAUCCCUGGAUCUGUGCUUGCAACUCACCCAUUGGUGCUAACUGCUCUUUCAAGCUUGAACUCUGAUAUACUUUCAGAGGCAUCUGUAAAUGUUGUUUCUGAAUUGAUACACUACACAGCAUCAGGAAGCUCUGGUGGUGUUUCCAUACAAAUGCCAUUAAUUCAAGUAAUUGUGCCUCAAGUUAUGAGUCUCCAGGCGCAACUUAGAGAUUCUUCAAAGGAUGAGGAAGAUGUGAAAGCCAUUGCUCGAUUAUUUGCAGAUAUGGGUGAUUCAUAUGUCGAACUAAUUGCAACUGGUUCGAAUGAAGCAAUGAUGAUAGUGAAUGCUUUGUUAGAAGUUGCUUCCCUUCCAGAAUAUGAUAUUGCUUCAAUGACCUUUAAUUUUUGGCAUAGUCUUCAGGUUAUCUUGACAAAAAGGAAUUCCAAUAUUUCAUUUGGUGAUGAAGCAUCUAUUGAAGCUGAGAGAAACCGGAGGCUUCAAGUUUUUCAUCAAUCCUAUGAGUCUCUCGUAUCCUUGGUUAGCUCCCGAGUUCAAUAUCCGCAAGACUAUCAAGAUCUUUCAUAUGAGGAUCUCAAGGAAUUCAAACAGACUAGAUAUGCUGUUGCGGAUGUGUUAAGUGAUGCAGCUUCAGUUUUAGGUGGUGAUGCGACACUGCAAAUUCUGUACAUGAAGCUUGUAGAGGCUAUAUCUUGCUGUGGAAAUGAACACAAUGAAUGGCGUCCGGCUGAGGCUGCUUUAUUUUGCAUUCGAGCUAUAUCAAAUUAUGUUUCAGUUGUUGAAGCAAACGUGAUGCCUCAGGUUAUGGAUUUGCUUUCUAAACUUCCUCAUCAGGCCCAGCUGCUUCAAACAGUUUGCUUAAUCAUUGGAGCAUACUCUAAGUGGCUUGAUGCUGCACUAAGUGGUUUCUCUAAAUUGCCUUUGGUGAUUGAUAUCCUCAUGAGCGGCAUGCGUACCUCUGAAGAUUCUGCAGCAGCUGCUGCUUUGGCAUUUAGACACAUCUGCGAUGAUUGCCGUAAAAAGCUUUGUGCUUAUUGUAAACAGCUUUUCCAUAUAUACUAUACAGCAGUUAAUGGGGAAGGUAGUUUUAAGGGCUCUGCUGAGGACUCAUUGCACUUAGUUGAAGCUUUGAGUAUGGUUAUUACCGAACUUCCACCAGAGUCUGCUAAGGAUGCCUUGGAGGAACUGUGCUCAUCAAUUGUUACUCCUUUACAGGAAGUUAUCAACCAAGGUCCAGAAGUUUUAGAGAAGAAACAUGCUCGUGAAUUAACAGUUCACAUUGAUCGAUUUGCAUAUAUUUUUCGGUAUGUAAAUCACCCUGGAGCAGUCGCAGAUGCUAUCCACAGGCUUUGGCCAAUAUUUAAAGCCAUAUUUGAUCUCCGUGCUUGGGACAUGCGUACUAUGGAGUCUCUUUGUCGUGCUUGCAAAUAUGCUGUGAGAACUUCUGGAAGGUUUAUGGGCAUCACAAUUGGAGCAAUGCUUGAAGAAAUUCAAGGCCUGUAUCAACAACACCACCAGCCAUGCUUCCUAUAUCUCUCAAGUGAAGUUAUAAAGAUAUUUGGCUCUGAGCCCUCUUGUGCAAGCUACCUAAAAAAUAUGAUUGAAGCACUCUUCAAGCACACAACAUGUCUUCUCACAAAUAUUAAGGAAUUCACUACAAGACCAGACAUAGCAGAUGAUUGUUUUCUGUUGGCAUCAAGGUGCAUUCGUUAUUGUCCUCAAUUAUUUAUCCCUUCUGCUGUGUUUCCAGCUUUAGUUGAUUGCUCAAUGAUUGGGAUCACAGUACAGCACAGGGAGGCCUCCAAUUCCGUUUUGACCUUCUUGUCUGAUAUUUUUGAUCUUGCAAAGUCCAGCAAGGGAGAACAGUUUUUAUCUAUCAGGGAUAGUGUGAUUAUUCCGCGAGGUGCUUCCAUUACCAGAAUUUUGGUGGCAGCCCUAGCAGGAGCACUCCCAAGUUCUCGAUUAGAAACGGUGGCAUAUGCACUUCUAGCAUUGACUCGAGCAUAUGGGAUGCAAGCCCUGGAGUGGGCCAAGGAAAGUGUUUCAUUGAUCCCAUUGACUGCCGUCAAGGAGGUGGAGCGCUCAAGAUUUUUGAAAGCAUUGUCAGAUGCUGCCUCUGGGGCUGAUGUCAAUGCCCUGAUGGUCCCAGUUGAAGAGUUAUCUGAUGUUUGUCGUCGUAAUCGAACAGUUCAAGAGAUUGUUCAGGGAGCGUUAAAGCCACUUGAGUUGAAUAUGUUACCUGUAUCAUAAUGGAAAGAAUCAAGGAAAUAUUGGAGGGGCUGUUUUGCUGAGGCCCCAUCUUGUUUAUUAGCCAAAAUUACAUGAUCUUGUAUUUGCUGUUUUAUUUAUUCUUCAUUUUGUAUCAUUCUUCAAUUUUCCACCUAUUUUUUAGGUGAGUGUUGGCAUUUCUUUUACACUAGGAGAGGAUGCGUUGUUGUUUCUUCUGUUAGAGAUAUGGAUUCCGAGUGGUCUCAAAUGCAUUGGCUUCAAUUUUUUUGGUGAAGUUAUUGGUAUACAGAGUUGUAAGUUUAGUUUGUAAUGGGAGAAUACUUGAAAUUGGUUCUAGUUGUUACAAGAAUCAGUCAAGAUGGAUUGCUUCUGCAGGUUGCUCCAUUAGGAUUACAGCAUAUUUACAAUGAAAAGAGUGUUCUUUUAGCUUA